ACCUUGACUUUUAGCUCUGACUGAAGCCAAAUCACCCAGCGACUUGUUUAAAGAUAGACUUGCUCCAUUCUGUGGCUCACUUGUCACCCCAAGGCGGUACUGCACGUCCAGUGUCGAAAAUAAGUUCGGGAGGUGCCUCGCUCCUCACACGCAGAAACUUCUGGGUUUUUGGCUUUAAAAAAAUGUCAACAAGUGCGGCCCCUGGAGGUGAGGUGACGUCACCGGACCGCAGCCGCGAGGCUGUAAACAGGUUUCGGGCCGGCUCACUCGGCCAGACCGGGAGGGGAGCGAGCUCCGUCAUCAACAUCAAAAACAACCCGUUCACUGAGGCUUCACCUUAACCUGGAAUCCGAGACGGGAACGCAGUUAUCAGUCAUCCAUGCAUUCACUACAUUUGUGGAGGGUCGUCGCAAUUUUUGACGAUUGAAGCGUCAAGAGCCCGUUUCAUCACACUCCUCCUUCCCUGCCCACUCACCACCCCAUUACCCUCCCAGCGCAGCAGCCAGGUGGAAGUUCCCGGCCUAUUUCCGGUGGAAGGCCCAAAGCCACGAGCGGAGAUAAAACAUCGGCGGCGGCGGAGGCCUGAGGCAGCGAGAGGGAUGAGAGGAGGCGGUUCUGCGGCCUGGGCUGCUGAGCGCAGGGACAGACACAGCCGGAGCCAGCAGCAGCAAAAUUAAAGCAGGCUUCCAGCCCGGGCGAUGGCUCUGUGCGGGGCGUCAGCGGCCGUGGCCGAGGUUCUGCCGUGCGAAGUCAUCGUUCACAUCUUCUCGUUUCUGUCCCCCUGGGACCGGCUCCGGGCCUCGUCCGUCUGCUCCAGGUGGCGAGAGUGCCUCUUCUACCCGUCCCUGUGGCCCGAGCUGCGGCUUCGCCUGCGCGGCUCGGACGCCGAGCGCUGCCGCCUCGACUUUCUGAUGAAGAAGUGCGGCUCGUUCGUGCGGGAGCUGCGGGUGGAGUUCGAGGGCAGCGGCUCCGAGAGCGCAACGGAGUUGGGUACCGGGGAGCUGGUCACCCUCAAGGCCUACGUGGAUGAGAUGGUGUGUGUCUUGAGGAGCGUCCGGACCAAUCGCAAUCUGCAAAAACUGAGCGUUUUCGGAGACAUCUACCUGCAGGAGCAGGGGGAGAAGCAGCCACACGAAAUCCAACAAUUGAUUGAAGAGGUAUUGGGAAAUUCCAAACAUCUGAAAUGGCUCUCCCUUGGGUUUAUGAUGGAGGUAGUAACUCCCACAACAUUAGCAGCCUUGCCUCAGUCCAGUGCCAACUGCAUUGAACACCUGAGUCUCCUGGAUACCCAUUUUAUUAAUAAAUCCCCAGUUGUUGAGGCAGUUGAGCUGGAGCGCUUUUUAAACCUGCGAUCGCUUGCAUUGGAUUUCUGCGAUUUUACUGCUGAUGUGACACGAGUACUCGCCAACAGCAACCAUGUGCCUUUGCACAGGUUGUCUCUCUUGAUGUCCAACAUACAUGCUUUAGAUAACAUGCCACAAGAUGCAGAUUGGAAGGUGCUUACCAGGCACUGUGCAAAUCUUCAUGUUUACAUCAUGGCUUUUAAUGUCAGGAAUGACAUUUUGCUAAGAAUUCUGAAGCCGAGCAUACCUUUAGAGAGAAUUCAUUUUGACAGCUCAACUAAUGGUAUUUCAGGUGAUGUGGUAGAUCUCAUAACCCAGCAGUAUAACAAAUCCCUUACCCACCUCCUCCUCAUAAAGGAUGUAGAGCAAGGCAUCAACGGUUUUCCAGACGUCGGCAGUGACCGAAAUGAAGACCCCAUGGUAAUUUUGGCAUGGAAGUGUAGAAAACUGUCUCACCUCUCAAUCCAUGGAUAUGUUGUUUGGGCCCACAAUCUCAUUGCAAUCGCUCGGCUUCGUGGACCAGGACUGCAAGUCCUGGAAGUCACUGAGGAAAGCAUUAACUUUGAUGCUGCGAUGACUCCCCUGGAUGGGGAUCCUAUGCAUAAUCUCAUUGAAGAAGUAUCCUUGGGUUUGGGAAAACGAUGGCAUCCAGUAAUGAAAAAUGAAAUUCUUUAUGUUUUCAGUGAGACUGCUCGUUAUUUUUACAAGGAGAUGCAGCGCUUCAGUGAAGGCAUUUAGCAUUUCAAAACUUGUGUAUUAGACGGCCCUGCAUUUUCAAUAAUUUAACAUUUACAUGUGCUGUUAAUUAGUAUUAGUUUAUAUAUAAAGUGUGUAUCCUGCUUAAUCUGUAAAUGUAGUUGGUAUUGGUUUAGAAGUAGAUGUGGCAAGAGUCACUGGAUUUUCUCUGUCAGCGCCUGUGUCAACUGCCAAAGAAAACAGAAUGAAGAAGUGCCCACAUGCUGGCAGGGGCAGGCCAAUGGCUGGUCAGCCAGAACCUACGAGUUUAAAAGGUCGAAUUUUCGACCUGCGGUACACAGCUGUGCUGUGGCUCAGUCAACAACUUUACAGCUCUUAAAUGAACGUGCACCUGGUUCACUGUGAAUAGUGAAUACAAAAAAUCAGUUCUAACAAAGCUAUGAGCUGCUGCUAUGAUUUUUGAGAACAUUCCACUAGGAUAACUUAAAUCUUGUUAAAGCAAGAGGCUUUAAAAGCCGCAAUGUUCAGGGCAACCGCGGGUACAGUCGUGGUCUCUGUGAGACUAGCACCUGACCCCAGUUUUAAGUGGUACGAAUGUUGUGCAUUUAAUGUAAGGACAGCCAGUAUUACUCAGUGUGGCCAUCAUGCUGCCCAGCAGUGCUGUGACCUGGCUGCUUUGUAUAAGCUUGUAAAACAAAUUUACUGUAUGCAACAUAUGUCAAGAUUCUAUUUAUGAAGAAAGUGUGAGUGGUGAUUGUUUCAAAUGGUUUUACCAUCUUGUGUCAAUGAUGUGUUUUGACAGGUGUGCAUUAUGUUGCAUGUCUCCAGUGAUUAAUGCACUUACCAUGCGGAUUUUAUAUGUACAUCUGUAGAGUGGAUCCACUGGUGCAAUGUAUGAAAAUGCCAGAUGUGGUGAGAUUUUAUCAUUGAAUGAGAUCAUAUGAAAUACUGACAGAAAAUGUGAGGAAAGCAGUUGAAUGUUAAAUUAAUGUUUAAGUUUGUGACUGUUAAUUGUUUAAUCUAUCAAUAAAGCAUUCAAAUUA